AUGGCGAUCGUGUCAUUCACGCUCACAGAUGACGGCGUGACCGCCUUCCAGAAUGCAUUGGCGUGCAUCCUGAAGUUUAGCGAAGACGUCUCGCUCGACGCUCGAAGAGACAAGCUCAUCUUAAGCGCUCUGAACGCUAUCAAGUCCGCGUUUGUGUCUUUCAACUUCGCUUCGUCCCACUUCUUUCGUUACAAAUAUGAAGGCAGCGAGCGAUCACCAGACAAAUUUCAAUGCCUAAUUCUCAUCCGGUCUGUCUUUGUGGCUAACAUACGCGAUGAACAGGCUUUGCUCUCCAUCUUCCGUAGCAGAACAAGCGGUGACACCAGCCGUGGUGGAAGUGGUGACUCGAGUAUCGAGAGAUGUGACGUCUCGAUUGAGGACGGGCCGGACCGAAACAGCCGUUUUGUGGCUAAGAUUGCAUGGAGGAAUGGUUAG